AUGAAUAUUAUCAAGAAUCGAAUGCGAAAUCGCAUGGGUGAUGAUUGGUUAAAUAAUUUUUUAGUUACUUAUAUUGAGAGACAUAUUUUUAUUGAUUUUGAAAAUGAGAAAAUCAUUCUACAUUUUCAAAACAUGAAAAAUCAUAGAGAACAAUUAUAA